AUGGAAAGGUUUGAAAUUAAAUUCGUUUUUGCUGAUUCAACCUAUGACUCGCUCGUUACAAGAUUUGGCAAAGCCACACCUAUCUCAGAUAGUGAUUUUAUGAACUAUGAAUUCAUUUACAAUCACCCUGUCAAGAGUGGUAUGACCCAAUACACGUUCAAGACAUUUAGUGUUCGAGUUGGAUUUAAAAAUAGUGCUGAGGUGGAUCAUCAUUUAUUUAACAUGGUUAUCUUUCAAGAAGACUUUCCAGGUUCUUUCGAAUUGAAAACUCAACACUCUUUCUAUGAGGCACUGAAAAAAAAGGAAGAUUGUGAGGAUUUUGUUCAAUAUUGGGAUUCGUUAUGUGCUACAAGAACAUUGGGGCUAUCUAAAAUAGAUUAUAACCAUUUAACAAAGGAUGAAAAGUUGACUUCCUUAAUCAAAGAUCCUUGGUUUUGUUUAUUUUCACUGUUGGAGAAAGAAGAUGAAGGUGAAUGGCUUUCAAUCUUGAAAAAGUUGGAUGACAAGGUAAAUUGGGAUAAGCUUAAAUGUACUUCUCAAAAAUUCUUCAAAAGUACAAAUUCAUUAUUGCAUAGAUAUCAAUUACAAGAGGGGUUGGAUAAGGUUAUGGGAGAAGUGAGUUAUUUCUCAACAUUAGAGUCCAAUUCCUCAACAUUGGAACUGAUUGUUCGAUUGUCUGGCAUGGUUCUAAAAAUGAAACAAAAUUGA